AUGCCUCCUGUUGUUGUCCAUCUCCAAUCUCAACUGCGGCCUCUCAAAUCGACACACCCUGUGUCGUCGAUCAUGCACUUCUACCUGAUGCCAAAGUGCAACCUUGAUCAGAACAUCUACCCGGGACAUUUCCUCCAGCCUGUGCGACUCAUCGAGAUGUGA